CACCUUGCUGUCCCAGAGAAGCAGAUCGCCAACAACCUCUGCUGAGGUCCCACCAUUGCCUGCCUGAGGGUCUUCAGCAUCUGAUUUCUUUUCCUGGAAGUCUGCAACAUAAAGCCUUAGGAUGUCCCCAAAAACCGAUUGCCCCCAGAUCCAGGCAAGGGACAAUUACUACCAACUGUCUGAUGAUGAAGCAUCGUCUGCCUCGAUGCCCUGCUCGCCAGUCCCUUCGUUGAGCCAUACAGAAAGCGAAGACUGCCUUUUGGGAGAAAGAUUUGCCUUCGCAGACCCUAGAGAGCCCCCUCGCAAGAAGCUGAAGGCAAAAAGAACAAGAUCUAAAGCAAGGAGCGAAGUUGUCAUUAACAAACAGAGGAAAAAUCGUAGGGUGAAAGCAAACGACAGAGAGAGGAACCGCAUGCACAACCUCAACUCAGCUCUGGACUCUCUGAGGAGUGUCCUGCCAGCCUUUCCAGAUGAUGCCAAACUAACCAAGAUCGAGACUCUGAGAUUCGCUCACAACUAUAUCUGGGCUCUUUCUGAAACCUUACGUAUGGCUGAUCACAGCUUGUUAACCUUAGGGCACCAACAGGACAUGAAGGACUCAUUUCAGAAUCUACCCAAGACCUGCUACAUGAUGGAACUCAACAGCCCCAUUAGCAGCUGUAGCUCCUCCACCGAGUGGGACUCACUGUACUCCCCAGUGUCCCAGAACAGCAGCAGCAGCAGCAGCCCCACAGGACCAGGGAACGACUUCAUUCAUCAUUCCUAUCCUGGUCUGGGACAGGACUUAUAUGCAGAGUAUUUGUGAAAUUUGAAGUCACUUGACUCUCUCCUCCUGAGACAUUUUCUUUUCUGGACUUUCAAAGCAAUACAAGAUACGGGCAUCACAACUUAAUCAUUAAUCCACUACAUAAUUGCAAAGGUUGUUAUGGGUGUAU